CCAGAGUCCAUCCAACCUCAAAACUUGUUACGCCACGACCCCGGAAAAAACUAUAAUACAUAAACGACAACCAUGAAUCAAAAAGUACGCGUUGCCGCCGUCCAAGCAGAGCCCGUCUGGAACGAUCUCGAAGGUGGUGUCCAGAAAGUCAUUUCUAUCAUCGAAGAGGCAGCGACGAAUGGGGCUCAGGUGCUUGGAUUUCCUGAGGUGUUUAUUCCGGGGUAUCCUUGGAGCAUGUAUGCUAAAUCGCCGUUUGAAAAUGGCGGUUUUAUGCUUGAAUACAUGCAGAACUCGAUGGCGAGGGAUUCUCCGCAGAUGUCACGGAUCUGCGCUGCGGUGAAAAAGGCUGGUAUAUUUGUGGUGUUGGGGUAUAGUGAGCGGGAUAAGUGCUCUAUGUACAUCUCUCAGGCCUUCAUAUCCCCCUCCGGCGAAAUUACCCACAACCGCCGCAAAAUCAAACCAACCCACAUCGAGCGCGCCUACUGGGGCACCGGCGAAGGCGACUCCCUAAAAACCGUCAUCCCAACACCCCUCGGCAAAAUCGGCGCCCUAAACUGCUGGGAACACACCCAGCCACUCCUCCGCUACCACGAAUACUCGCAAGACGUUGACAUCCACGUCGCCAGCUGGCCUGCUAUGUGGGACGCACCGGAGUCCCUGAAGCAGCAGUGGAGCUACCAGGCUAGCGGGACGAUGAGUCGGACUAUUUCGCAGACGAUGGCGUUUGAGGGGGCGUGCUGUGUGCUUGUUUGUAGUCAGGUUAUGAGGGCGGAGAAUGUGGGGAGGAAUGGGGUUGAGGGGUUGAAGGAUCUGAGUUUGCCUGGGGGUGGGUUUUCGCAGAUUUUUGGGUUCGAGGGGGAGCCAUUGUGUGAGAUGCUGGGGGGUGGGGAGGAGGGGAUUUUGUAUGCGGAUGUUGAUUUAAGGGGGAAGUUGAAGGCAAAGCAGUUUCUGGACCUUGUUGGGCAUUAUUCAAGGCCGGAUCUUUUGAGCUUGCGGGCUGAUACGCGGGCUUCGAGGCCGGUGCAUUAUGCUAGUGAGUCGGUAGAGUAAGUAGCUAGGGCAUAUGAAUAGCCUCUCCUGCCGCAACCUGAACAUUGGAAUGAUCGCGUCUUUUGAUUACACAGUCGGUGC